AUGGAAGGUCAUGAAGAUCAAACUUCCUUCCACCGCCAAAACCAACCAUUACAACUGCUUGAAGAAAUAUCCGGUGGCGUUAAUGGCGAAGAUUCCACGACGGAGCUGCAGCCAGCUCCCAAAGCAAAGCCAUCGCAAAAAAGAGGAACAACAAAAGACAGACACACGAAAGUCGACGGCAGAGGCCGCCGUAUCCGCAUGCCCGCCGUGUGUGCCGCCAGAGUCUUCCAGUUGACACGAGAGCUUGGACACAAGUCCGAUGGUGAGACCAUCGAGUGGCUGCUCCAACAGGCGGAACCUUCCGUCAUUGCCGCCACCGGAACCGGAACAAUCCCCGCUAACUACACUUCACUUAACAUCUCUCUCCGAGGAUCCGGCUCCACAAUCAUGGCCGGACCGACAUCUUACCCGAGGAACGGUCUUAGCUUCGUCACAAAUCAACCGACGUCGACGUCACACUUUGCAACACCGGUAGCGAAAGACGAUGAGUUCUGCUUGGAUCCAAGGAGUAUUCAAAUGGGUGUUACAUCUAACUACAUGACGCAAUCGGGUCACAAUCAGAUUCCGGCGACGGCUGCGUUUUUAAUGAUGGGAAACCGUAACAGUAGUCGCACUAGCCCUGAUACGCGUUCUAGUCAUGCUUUCUCAGGUGAUUCUACGUGGAAUUUUCCGUCUACCAGUAAUACAAGCAGCAAUGAUAACCAUAACAAUGAUCUUUAUAAUAGAGGGUCUUCAAGGACUAAUCUUAAUGGCAUCUCCGAGGAAGACGUCGGAGGUGGGUUACAUCUUAUGAACUUUGGUGCGCAAACGGCACUCUUGGACGGACAACAGUUCGGUGGUGGUGCGGUGCCCGCAACGGAUGGGAUGCUGGCGGCGUUAAGCUCAAUUAGGCCGAUAUAUGGCGGUGGAUCCAGUUAUCUGAUCAACGCUAUGAAUCACGGCUAUCAACAUUAUCAACAACACGAAACGAGUAGCAGCCGCAAUUCCUAG